UUCAAUUAUAUUGUCAGUCAAAUUUUGGCCGCAGUCAGCGAGCUAUAUAUAGCACGUGGCAUCAUCAGAUUCAAGCGAGAUUUUCACUCUUUGCUGAACAGUUCGGGCAACUAAUCUUGGUGGUGUUAAGCAUGGAUAAUGUUGCAGCUACUACGUGUGGAGAUGUUUUAGAUAGUCUGGAAGAUUUAGGGUAUGAUGGACCCCUCAUUGAAGACGAAGCAGCAUUUCAGCAAGCCGUCGAUGGAGGUCCCAGCUCAACCGAGUUUACCGCCCUCGUCAGUUGGCUAGUUGAAAAACUCAACAAACUGAGCAGCAUAGAGGCUGCCGUCUCGGCCACUUCCUCUGCCGAUGAAGCUGAGUCCUUUGAGCUGGAGCUGAGCGGUCUACUGAGCGAGCUGAACUGUCCCUAUAGCGCCCUCACAGAAGGAGAGAUGAUCAACCGCUUUGGCAACAAGCAAAACCGACUACGCUUAUUGGGUGAGCUAAUGUACACGUACACUAGGGGAAUGUAA